GCUUUCCGCUUGUAUGUUCAUCGCGCAUAAAAAGGCUCUUCCACCAUAAAGCAUCUCUUGGAAAAGGCUCCCAAACAUGCUGAAGUCACCCAAAAAUUGAAGAACAAUCAUAGCCUUCUUUCUUCAAAACAGCCGUUGUUAACCCAAUGCUAAAGUGUCCAUCGUCACCGCCUGCAACAGUCGCCGUUGUUUGCCUGUUCCAGGUUCAUUGUACGCUUCAACUGUUUGAUAAACUGUGUGAGAAGAGACUUGGAGAGAGUGUGAUCAUAUAUGGGGCUCUUAUUGAUGGACUUUGUAAAACGAACGAGAUUGGUCGAGCUUUGUAUAUGCAUAGAAGGAUGGUGAAGGCAGAGUGUAAGGUGAAUGAGCUAACUUAUGACAUGAUCAUCGAUGCUCAGAUGGGUGUAUAUUGAAGGAUUUUGUGCAUGUUGUUUGAACACACGACAUGAAUUCUAUUUUUUCGUUUUUUGGUUAUGGUAUUUGGAUUGAAAGAAUAUUGGUUA